AUGAUGGUUCCUAGGGGCUUUCUCUUUAGCUCAAUACCUUCGCCAAAGCCGCUUGAACGAAACGUGAAACAGCGGCCCCUAGUUGCAGUGUCUUCGAUCGACAUGAUGCCGCAAAAGGAUGAGUCGGCUCUUCAGUUACCAAUCGAGUCCAACUCGCAGAGCAUGCACACUACUCCGGUCGUCAUCCCUCCCAAGCGCGGUCACCGAACGGCAUCUCCGCUCACUGGCACAGUAAGGAAAGACCCAAGGACCCCGAAAAGAACCCGAGUUUCUCGCCAGUCAUCGCCGACGACCCUGGGUGACCGGCCGGUACCGACAUCUCUCGCAUCUAUAUUGGAAGCCACUGCAAUCCCUGUCCCACGGCGAAGUUGGGCUGCUCGGGAAUCUCGCAAGCUUCCUCGUGGGAACCAUGUGCAAGACUUCAGCAAGUUACUGAUGGACGGACUGGAUGACCCAGCAUUCUGUGGCACGGGAAACUCCGCACUGGACGUCCUACUUAGUCCUCCGGAAGAGAUCGAGAAAUCUUCCGCCUCAAGUGAUGGUGGCAGCGAAUCGCUUUCAUAUUCUGCGCCAUCUAUCUCGGCCGACUCUGUGCCAUCUCUGGAUGCGGACUUGGAAACCCCUUCAAGUCUCUCCACACCGUUUACCCCGUCUAGUCAACGAAGCUCUUCUGAGAAGAGCUCACGGCGCCGGCGCCCAUCCAAUUGCGAGAAUUGUGUUUCUGAUCACCCACUUCUAGACAGGGCGCAACCAGAGUCGGAAGAUGAGCAAACAGUAAACAGUCAUAAGUCAUGUCCGCUAGACUCUCCACCUCCCAAAGGUUUAGCCGCCUCACGGUCCUUCCCGCGCCUGGGGUCAUUUAAGUCGAACCUAACAGCUUCGCUAAGAGCGAUCAAAUCAGCAGCGCAAACUGUUUCAACUUUUGCAUCACCAUCGGUUCAGCCCGAUGACUUCCUCACCCGCUCAUUGUUCACCAUCACCCCGAAAAUGACGGAUGACCGGAGACCUCCUCCGAUGAAUGAAACACCACCUCCAGCCUUGCGUCGGUAUCUGAAUCCAACCAUGUUCUCGCCUGCGGAGAUGUAUAGCUUCCAGGACCAACCGCAUGAAUCGCUUGACUCGCAGAAUUGCGCGAUCUCAGUCCAGAUGCAAACAUACCAUCGUUCAGGAAAGACUUGGUCCCAAAGGGGGCGCUUCCAGUUCUCCAGCUCUAAGAACCGCAGCCGACAGUCUUCGCCUUUUGAUCCCGAGACACCUCCAAUGUCACGUCCGCGAGAACCUCGAGAGAAUAGCGACUUCCUUCGCAUGGUUGUUCUAGAGACAAACAUGAGACGCCGAGGAAAACUACGAGAUGACAUCCCCACUCGAGCUCGGGUCUGCCUACCCCCUCGUAAGACUGGCCAAACCAAACUCGUUCCAUUCGAGUAUGAGGAAGAAGAUGAGCUAGAACCUGCUAUUCCGUCUCGAUGGAUUGGAAUUUCCAUUGAAUCAUUCUGA